AUGCACAGCGUGGAAUUGACCGACCGGCAGAGACAUGCCGAGGGGGCGACGGCCGGCGGCGCCGCAGCCGAUCCCGAGUCGGGCGACGAGAUGCCGCUCGACGACGCGGGAAGCCGCAUCGAGCAGCAUCUGGCGCCCGUCGACGGCGGCAUCGCCGCCUGGCGAGUCUUGCUGGCGGCUUUCAUGUUUGAAGGCUGUCUUUGGGGCUUCCCCAUGUCCUACGGUGUUUUCCAAAACUACUACUCUACGAUUCCUGAAUUCGCCGGCAACAAAUACAUUGGCGUUGUCGGCACCAUUGCCUCGGGCGUCGGCUACCUCGGCGCGCCCGUCAUGAUGCUGCUGAUCCAGCGGCACCAGCGGUGGCUGCGUCCCAUGAUUUGGAUCGGCUGCAAGUUAUCCCUUCCGUGGCCCUUGUGCAUCCUCAGCCUCGUGGCGGGGUCCUUUGCCACGACGCUCGAGGGCCUCAUCCUCACGCAGGGCGUCGCUUACGGGUUCGGCUUCCUCAUCUUCUACUACCCGAUCCUGCACAUGGUGAGUGAGUACUGGGUGGCGCGUCGCGGCAUGGCCUUUGGCAUCCUGUGCGGCGCCUCGGGCAUCUCGGGGACGGCGAUGCCGCUCGUCGUGCAGGUGCUGCUCGCGCGGUACGGCUACGCGGUGACGCUGCGUGCCGUCGCCGUCGCCCUCGUGGUGCUCACGGGCCCGCUCAUGCCGUUCCUCCAGGGCCGCGUGCCGGCGGCGCAGCGGCGGCGCGGACCGGCGCCGCCGGCCGACUGGCGCUUCCUGCGCAGCUCGCUGUUCUGGACCUACUCGCUGUCGAACCUGCUGCAGGGCUUCGGCUACUUCUUCCCGGCGCUGUACCUGCCGUCGUACGCCAGCGCGCUCGGGCUCGGCGAGCGCAGCGGCGCGCUGCUGCUCGCCGUCAUGAGCGUCGCCCAGGUCUGCGGCCAGUUCGCCUUUGGCUACCUCUCGGACCGCAAGAUCUCGACAAACGUGCUCGCCGCCACGGCCGUCGCCGUCGCCUCCGUCGCCUGCCUCGCCAUGUGGCAGCCGGCCCGCUCGCUCGCGCCGCUCGUGUGCUUCGCCGUCGCCUACGGCUUCUUCGCCGCCGGCUACACGGCCAUGUGGGCGCGCAUGAGCACCAACGUCUGCCAGGGCGAUGCCGCCUCGGCCCCCAUGGUCUACGGCCUGCUCAACUUUGGCAAGGGCCUCGGCAACAUCUUUUCCGGCCCCAUCGGCGGCAACCUGAUCGCCUCCGCCGGCAGCCAGUUUGGCGGCGACGCGCUGGCGUACCGGUGGGUGGUCGUGUUUACGGGUAUCUGCAUGCUGGCGAGCGCUGGAACGCUUGCGGCCAAAUACUUGAAGCCUGCAAGGAUGCUUUUUAAUGCAUAG